GUGGAAUUCUUACGUUGGCAGCGCAGCUGUCAGUUUCUAAGUCGAGUUGUGUGUUUAGCGAGCCGGCUAACUAGUUAGCUACAAUAACAACAGGAGAUAUGGCUGGACUUCAACCCCAGGGGGAUCUCCUGAAAAUGACUCACAGGGAGAACUGGAAAGUACAGCAUGAGCGCCUGCACGUGAAGCACCGGGGCCAUGAGGCCAUGCAUGCAGAGAUGGUGCUCAUCCUCAUCGCUACGCUAGUGGUGGCUCAGAUCGUACUGGUACAGUGGAAGCAGCGGCACAACCGCUCAUACAAUUUGGUCACCCUGCUCCAGAUGUGGGUGGUUCCUCUCUAUUUCACUAUAAAACUCUACUGGUGGAGGUUUCUCUCCAUGUGGGGAAUGUUCUCUGUCAUCACCAGCUAUGUCGUCUUCAGAGCUACACGCAAACCACUGUCCUGUCGGACACCACGGAUGGUGUAUAAAUGGUUUCUAUUGAUCUAUAAGCUGAGCUAUGCGGUGGGAGUGAUUGGAUACCUGGUCAUCAUGUUCACAAUGUUCGGCUUCAAUGUCUUCUUCAGGAUCAAGGCUGAGGACUCCAUGGAUGUGGGCGUUAUCAUGCUGUUCUAUGGUCUGUACUAUGGAGUGAUGGGACGGGACUUUGCUGAAAUCUGCUCCGACUACAUGGCCUCAACUAUAGGGUACUAUAACCUGGGAGGAAUGCCGUCCAGGAGCCUGACAGAUGAUAUCUGUGCGGUGUGUGGUCAGAAGAUCCUCGUAGACGUGGAUGAGGAGGGGAUUAUAGAAGAUACCUACCAACUCUCCUGUAACCACAUAUAUCUUCUAAUUGCUUUUCUGCCAGAAGUCAAAGAGCUCUGGAUGAGUUCUGUACAGCCGCCACCAUGUUUUCCCUGUGCUUCCUGCUAUAGCGUUUGUUUCUUCUCUGUUCUCCCAUCUGCUCGGUGUACACAUACAGCUCUUCCUAGAGAAAAGCAUGCAUCGCAACUUUGUUCGUUCUCUCGUUCAGGUUCGCUUGUACAUGUCCACACACACCGGAAAUGACACUCGGUAGCUCCUAGCUACACUUGUAUAACUUUGAGCUGGAUUUGACUGUCUUUGCCAUUUGUUUAUUUUUUGUUUUCGCUCGUUAGCAUUUAGCUAACAGCGUCUGUGAUAUCCCUAUUAGUUUGUGCUAAUUUUGUUAGCAUUCUGGUAUUAGAAGCCCAAUGGGAUUUUCUUGCGUUUCUAGCGCCCCCUAUUGUUCUAUGCCGGUAAUACCGUGGAUACCGCCCAAGGCUACUAUCCUCACUGCACUGUUUGGAUUAUAGAAGAUCAGCUCUCCUAUCCUGUAUGCUAUGUCACACUCCCUCCUCUCUCUCUAUACUCCCCCUCUCUCUCUAUACUCCCCCUCUCUCUUUCCCCUCCUCUCUACUUCUCCACUCCCCUCUCUAUACUCCCUCCUCUCUCUCUAUACUCCCUCCUCUCUCUCUAUACUCCCUCCUCUCUCUAUACUCCCUCCUCUCUCUCUAUACUCCCUCCUGUCUCUCUAUACCCCCUCCUCUCUCUCUAUACUCCCUCCUCUCUCUCUCUAUACCCCUCCUCUCUCUCUCUAUACCCCUCCUCUCUCUCUAUACUCCCUCCUCUCUCUCUAUACUCCCUCCUCUCUCUAUAUAUAACCCUCCUCUCUCUUUCCCUCCUCUCUACUUCUCCCCUCCCCUCUCUAUACUCUCUCCUCUCUCUUUCCCCUCCUCUCUAUACUCCCCCUCUCUCUUUCCCCUCCUCUCUACUUCUCCCCUCCCCU